AUGGGAUCGAUUGGAGAUGUUCAGGCUCAGUUGUCUUUUCCAAAUAUUAUUACACAAUCUGAGGGUUUUUUAAAUCUCAUCAAAUAUCUCAAAAAGUCGAGAAAUGAUGCUAAGGAGAAGGUGAAUUUAUCUAUUUUGGACAAGAUUUCUUAUAUGUUUAUGAAAAAAGCUGUAAAUUUAUUGUGUUCUGAAAUGCGUAAUGGAUCAGCAAUUGUAUCGAAUUGGAUUUGCAGUAUCAUUCCGUACUUAAUAAAUGAGAAUAUCCUUAGUGCAGAUGAAGUUCAACCGGAGUGUCUUAUUAAUUCAUCAAAUUGGACAAAUCCAACUGCAAUAUUCAAUUUAAUUUUUAAUAUUACUGAGGAUUUAAUUUCAUCGUCGUUACAAAUUUUGGCCCAUGUUGAUCAACGCUGGCAUUCACAAUUUGCAGCUGCCUUAAAACUUUUGAAUUUGAAAAAUUCGUUUCCAUGCAUCAUGCGAUUAUUACUCGACAAACGUAUGGCAGAAGUUAAUAAAUUGGAAUUGGCUAAUUUUGUUGUUCUUCGAAAUAUUAGUCGUGAAAUGGGACUAUUAUUUAGUUUAAGUGAUUUUUCAGUUAAUCAUUCAGUUCUUUCAUGUAAAGAUUCGCUUCAUCGAACUAAUUACAUAUUAAAACAUGCAGAUCAGUUUUCGGUAGAUAUAUUGAAAACUUCAAGAUUGGAUUAUCCUGAAUGCAUUUUUACUCUCGUUAAGUGCCUUUAUGACAGUUCUCCAUGUUCAGCAAUGGCUCUGCUGAUUAAUCCGACAUUUCCAAUCCACCCUUCUAUGACUGCUGUUCUUCUUAGCCUUUAUCAAUGCUUACGAUAUAUUGCUGAUGAAAAAAAUCUUCCUUCGACUUUCGUCCCUGUUGGUUAUGCUGACUGUUUAAAAAAUUUGAUAGAAAAGACAAAAAAUGCUAAUAUUCAGCUGUACGAUGAUUAUGAUUGUGAUAAUAAUCAUGCUAUACAUUAUUUGCAUUGGAUAGCGGCAUCCGAAUCGCGUAUUGAAACAUUUCUGCAGGCAUGGAUCCUGAAAAAAACGACAAGUGUUAACCAUUAUGAAUUGGAUUUUGUUGCUGGUCUACUUCCAAAAUUAAAUGCAAAGACCGUUAAUCGUUUCUUGGAACUUUUGUUUAUUUUUUCAUCAAAAAAUAAAGGUUUGUUUAUGAUUCCAUCUAUUCUUCAUUUACUUCUCUCACUUACCAAUAUGACUGAUUUACGCUAUGAAGCAUUGAAAUUAUUGGGUGAUGUUUGGUCACGGAAUCAAGAAAUUUUUGAUCGCCUUAAACCGCUUCUAAUAAUCGAUCCUCACAAAGACGAUUUGGAAUGGCAAAAAUCGAAAAUUUCAUUAAUCAAACGUAUUUGUUGGGAAGGAUGUGAAUCUGACGAUCUGAAGGAGUUGAUGGAACAGCUGAAAAUUAUACUGGACAGUGAGAAUGAAUUGUUACUGGAUGUGAUACAAGCUUUUGAAGGAUUAUGUGCUUCGGAGAUAUUGAAGCUUCGUUCUAUUUCUACAGCGAUUAAAUCCAUUGUUUUGAAGCGGCAGAGAAUCGAAGAAGUUUGCGCCUAUUUAAGCUUUUUGGCUUCUGGAUCAAUCGGUGCUGAAGAUGAGGAAAUCCAAGUUGAAUUUAUGGUAGAAAUAAUAAAUUUCACAAAAAAUUCGGAGAUGCGAGUAAGGGAAGCUGCUUGGCAGGCGUUGUUUCGUUCGUUUUCAAAGCAAGAUGUAAUUUUGAUUGCUUUGGAAAAGGCUUCUAUUUGUGACGUUUUAUCGAUGACGAAUCUUCUGCAGACUUCUAAUGAGGAUGAAAAAUUUGAAGGAUUUGUAAACUUUCUUCGAAAACUUAUAUUUACUCAAGUCGCUGAAUUCGGUCGUGGAUUAUACAAAGAAAAAUCCAUGUUUUGUGAUUUUACGGAAAUUUUUCGAGUUACAUCUCUCGAUAGUUAUAUAUUUAAAAAAAUUGAUAUCAAUACCCUUAUAUUAUAUAAAUAUGCUAAACCAAGAGCUACGUCAGCCAAUGCCUUGGAAUCAUUAGAAUUUCUCUACAACUCAUUAAUACAAGUAUUGUCCUUCCCAUUUGACUCAAUUGAGAAUAAUUGGAAAGAUGUAGCGAUGUAUAUCGUUUCAUGGAAAACCUUAAUUGAAACUAUUUAUGAAAAUAUUUACGCAGCAAAGAAGCAUAAACCAUUCGAAAUUACACAACGAAUAUGUGAAACGUUUCGACGAGCUAUACUUAAGUCAAACAAUGCACAAGCUAAUGUUACUAUUAUUUUGCCAUAUUUGGCUAAAAUUUUUUCGAAAUUUGAAAUGCUUGAAUCUAAUAAUUAUUCUCUUUCUGAAUGCGCUAUAACAUGGUUGUCCGAUGUUUUUGAUCAUCUACUUUCUUGUAUCAGCGAUAAGCGCAGUAGCCACUCGAAGUUUUUUUCUCAAGAAAUGGUUUUUGACAAAGCUUUUUUACUUUUGGCUCGACUUUCAGCUUCUUUCAUGCAAUAUUUUCUUUGCGAUUUAAGAGUCAUAUCGCGUUUUACUGAUUCAAAAGAUUUGUUACUAUCAAAUGAAGAAGCUAAGCGAAAUUGGAUUGAUGAUUUGAUCGCUUCGUUAUUUGGUGAAGACGGAAGCCUACAAAGCGAUAUUGGUCGUGCAUUUAAUACAGUUUUAAAUUUCUUAUUUUGUCUUAAUGUGGAAAAAUGUUCGAUUUCGGAAAAUGAUGUAAUUUUAUAUUCAAUUUUACUUGGUUAUGAUUCAACGAUUAUUCAACCGCUUUUAAAUCGUUUAUUUCAUUCGAAUUAUAGCGCUGAUGCUGUUGGAAAACUUCUGGAGAAAUCCUCAUUGAAUGACGAAGAGAUACAAGCGAGUCUCGCUUGGUAUUUUCUUGCAUGUCCGCCGUCUAUUUUUGAUACUUUGCCACGAAAUUACAAUUAUCUUCCAGAAAAUUGUUAUUUACGUGAAAUCGUCCGAUGUUUGAAAGAAAAAAGUUGGAGUGAAAAUAAUAAGGUUGUUCCAAUUGUUUUUAACUGCCUUUUAAAACACAGUUGCGACGAUUAUAGGAAACUUAUUUUACCUCCGAUGAAUUGGUAUUGUUUGUAUGAACUUUAUCGUUCUGUUCCUGAUUGUGUAGAGUUGUUAUUGCGUAUUAGUCUUCAAGAAUGCAAUCUCAAGAUAUUUUGGGAAAUUUUGAUCUCUUGUGGCUCUUCUGAUACGUUGAAAUGGUCAAAAUUUAUUGUGGAAUUUCUAGAAAAAUUAUCUAAAAAUUUGUGCAUAGCGCAGUUCAAAGGUUUACUAUUAAAAUUAUUUGAUCUCGCUGAAGAAAAUGAAUGGGAUGAAGAAAUUCUAAAAGCUCUGGCAAACUUUCCAGAUCCAUUAUUAGUUAAGAUGUGGAUAAAAAAGGUGCCCAAAAUUGUCAGUACGAAUUCUUUUGAACAUCCAUUACUGAAAUGUUUUGCUAAGGAAAUUUUAAUUUGUUGGAAAAUAUUUAUUGCAUUAUUCGUGUCCGAUCCUUCUUUGUCGCCACCAAUUUUUACAUCUUGUCAAGGAAUUAAUGAUGAUGAAUUAUGGACUUGGGUUCAGUCUCGAUUAUUUCAACAUUUUGAGCAAAUCAUGAUGCAUAAUGAUUAUGAACCGGAGCAUAAACAUUGCUUUCUUGCUUUUCUAAUUGGUUUAUUGAAAAUGAAGGAUUUAUUCGAGGAAGAAACUGUACUACGAAUACGUGAAAUAGUAUGGAUAAUGUUGAAGAACGAUCGAGAAUAUUCUAUGAGUGUCAUUGAUGAAGAAAAUUUAUGGAACGAUAUUUUUAUUCCUUUUUAA